AUGAAGAUGGUGACAGUCAGCAUUUUACUGACUGUUCUCUUUGUUUCAGGUGCUUUGGCUGAUUAUCCUCAGUGGAUAGCACUCUACAUGACUGCCCCAAAGCAGAUGGAAGCACUGAGUGGAUCUUGUUUGCAAAUCCCAUGUAACUUCACACCCAAAGACGAACAGAAAUUUAACAGCAAAAUAAAAAUCUUUGCAGUGUGGAUUAAAAAUAAUGGUGACUUUGGCAAAAAUCCAAACAAUGUGAUCUACAACAGUAGUGGAGCAGUUAGCAUCUAUCCAAUGAGUAUUACUGGGAACCUGAGUCAGAGAGACUGCACCACUCUGUUUUCUAAUUUAACCACAAACUACACAAACACAUACUUCUUCAGAGUAGAGAGUGAACCAUUCAAGGCAACAGCUCAACAUGAUCCUCUUCAAAUAACAGUCACAGAUUCUCCUUGGAGGCCCGAUAUUACAAUCCCAGGUGAUCUGAAGGAGAAGGAGUCUGUCACUAUAACCUGCUCAGCUCUCACUCCCUGUCCACACUCCCCUCCUCAACUCACCUGGAAUCUCCAACAAGACUCUCACAACAAAACAGAGGAAAACACAGAUGGAAGCUUUACAACUAAAAUCCAGCAGAACAUCACUCUGUCAGACACACAUGAUGGAAAGAAGAUCAGCUGCUCUGCCAGAUAUCCUGUGAACCAAGAAAACGACACCAAGACAGCAAAGACAGAAGAGACUCUCAGUGUUUCAUAUGCUCCUAAAGACACCUCAGCAUCCAUCAGUCCAUCAGGUUUGGUGUCAGCAGGCAGCUGGGCGAACCUGACCUGCUCCAGCAGAGCCAAACCAGUCAGCAACUUCACCUGGUUCAAGAAGAGCAGAGAUGGAGCUGUGAAAGUAUCUGAAGGAGAGAUUUACAGCUUCAAUGUAACAGAUGGAGGAGUUUAUUACUGUGUGGCCACUAAUGAUCUGGGUAAUCAGACAUCAGCAGAGAUUGACGUGACUGUUGGAGGAGAGCAGAAUGGUAGCUCCUUCCCAACAUGGCUAAUUCUUGGAGGAAUCCUUGGGUUCAUCUUACUCGUCUGCCUGAUUAUCUUUGUUUGGAACCCCAGAAACGUGAGUGAAGAGCCAGCAAGUAAAUCAGAAGGAGAAGAAGAAAACAUCCAUUAUGGAGAGAUCAACUUCUCUGUGCUGAGAUAUGAAGCAUCCACUGACUCAGUGCAGUACAGAGGACAGCAGCAGGAUACGGUGUACACACAGGUGAAAGUCAAAAAGCACGAAAACACAGAGUGCGCUCACGGCCAAGAGGAACUCUACACUCAGGUGAAGAAAAAAGUAACAUUACAUUAA